AUGGACUCGGACUUCCUAGCAAAGGCGGCGUCGCACGUGGAGAAGGCCUGCAUGCAAGACUACGGCGCCUCCGACAUGACCACUCUAACGCCGGAGACCCCUCUGGAUGGAGAAUGGGACUGCGACCAGCAGCUCGGAAACACGUUCUCGGAAGGGAAAAACCGGCGGCAUUUCGAAGCAGGGGGCUCUGAUGGGGCGGGGGCGGGAGACUUUCCAGAGGGUCAUGUUGCAGCGGCCAGGGCGGAGGCGCUCAACGACGUCCUGCGGCCCAUGGACAGGCCUGAUCUUAAAUGCGCGCAGGGGAGGCACGCGGUGGACCCAUUCUUGAGGCGAACGCUCCUCGUCCGAGCAGCCGAACAACUCGACAUUGCCGUCCAGCAAGACAGAAUCAAUCCCAGCAGGAUUGCAGCAGCUCCGUCUGUUGCUGAGGAAGGUUCCGCCGCCACCACACCAGCCACCGAGCAACAGGAACAGCGACAACGACAGCAAGGGUCAGAGGGGGAAUCCCUGAGUCCCGGUAACGGUGCGGACGACGAGAUCGAUACUAUCGCGGCCGGCUUCGCGGCGCAAGACGCUGACGGUUCAGGAGACGGUGACGCUGAUGACACACCUCCCCCGUCGUCAAAAAGGCUUGUCCGAAUCUGGUUCGCCCUUCUGGAGCUGGCUUGGGACCAGAGCCAAACACAGCAAGGCAGCGGAAAUAAGAAGGCAAGAAACGGAGGGAUGUCGGCUACAAAUGCUUCGAGCUCCGAUGGCGAUGCCCGCGACGUUGGUCUGGCUAGGAAGGCGGCAGUGGCGGUGCUGCGGAGCGGUCCUUGGAGUCCGGAAAAAAACAGAGAGCUGCUUGUAUUGCAGGCGCAGUUAAUGCUCGGAGAAACCUUCGUCGAGGAGCUUCGUUUGGCGCACACCGUAGAAUUAGGGACCGAUUCUCCGGCCAACCUUUCCAGACCAGGUACUAAGACCAACAGGCAGCCCACGACUUCUGACAAUGGCGACAAUGCAGUCGGCAGCAGUAAGCACGGCAACAGGUACUCCAAGAAGGGUUUGGAUCUAGACCCGCGGACGAUGGGGAUCGCGACAACGGACUGCCUGGCGGGCGUAUCCGCAGACGUUUCAGGUGCGAUGAUAACAACUUCUGGGUAG